AUGUCUUUAGUAUUGAGUUCAUUUCGAGACACAUUAUAUGCUGUCACUUCCUGUUGCUUUCCUAACCCAACACUUCAUAUUAAUCGCCGAACUUUCAAGGUGAUAAAAUUGCUUGGUGAAGGGGGGUUCUCCUUUGUUUACCUGGUGCAAGAUGUUAGCACUGGCCGGCAAUAUGCUUUGAAAAAGAUUCGUUGUCCUUUAGGUACCGAUUCUGUGAAGAAUGCUAUGAAAGAAGCUGAUAUGUAUAAAUUAUUUUCGCAUGAAAACAUUAUCAAAGUCAUUGAUACUUGUAUUAUUCAAGACAAAGAUGGUGGUAAAAUUGUAUAUAUUUUUUUACCAUAUUAUAAGAACGGAAACCUUCAAGAUGUCAUCGACAAUAAUUUGGCGCAUAAUAAACGUUUUAGCGAGAGAGAAAUGUUGAAAAUUUUUCGAGGAAUUUGUUAUGCUGUUAGAGCCCUUCAUACUUAUAGGUUUCCUACUGUUCCUUUAAGAUCAGAGACAAAUAACAUGGUAAAUGAAAUGAACAAUGGUUCGAUUACAUCGCAAUCUAACGAACAGAAUGAGGAUGACAUUGUACCGUUUGCUCACAGAGAUAUUAAACCUGGUAAUAUUUUGCUGUCUGAUGAUAUGCAAACGCCUGUAUUGAUGGAUUUUGGAUCUUUGAUUCGAGCACGAAUAAAGAUUCAAACUCGUAAUCAAGCUUUAUUACAACAAGAUUUAGCAGCAGAACAUUCUACUAUGCCAUAUCGAGCACCGGAAUUGUUUGAUGUAAAGACUAAUGUUACACUUGAUGAAAAAGUUGAUAUCUGGUCAUUGGGAUGUACUUUGUAUGCAAUGGCUUACAGAAAAUCACCAUUUGAGACUAGUAUGAACGAACAAGGUGGAUCAAUGGCUUUAGCUGUACUUAACGCUCAAGUCCGAUUUCCUUCCGUCGAGCAAUAUUCUCCAGAAUUUAGGGAUUUAAUUAGAUUUAUGUUAGAAGCAGAUCCCCAAAGUCGGCCAAAUAUUCAUGAUGUAAUUGCUAAGGUAGAUGCACAAUUAGAACAAUUAGAUUCUUAA